UAAAUAUGCCUGGAUGGAGGUCUCAGUGGCGUCUGCUCCUGCUGAACUCCCUUACCUGUGGCCUCGAGAUUUGUGUGGCAGCAGGGAUCACAUAUGUGCCACCCUUGCUGCUCGAGGCUGGUGUGGAGGAGCGAUACAUGACUAUGGUUUUAGGCAUUGGUCCGGUCCUCGGGCUUCUGUUCAUCCCUCUAAUUGGCUCAGCCAGUGACAACUGCAAGAGCAGUUACGGAAGGAGGAAACCUUUUAUCUUGCUGCUAUCUCUGGGAGUCCUUCUGGCCCUUUUUAUCAUUCCCCAUGCCGACAUCCUGGCUGCGCACCUUGCCUGGAGUGGACGCACUUUCCAGGUGGGUUUCCUUAUCCUUGGAGUUGGCCUUCUUGACUUUUGUGGACAAGUUUGCUUCACGCCAUUGGAGGCGCUUUUAUCAGACCUGUAUCGAGAUGGGGAGGACUGUAACCAAGCCUUUGCCAUGUUCUCCUUCAUGGUUAGCUUGGGAGGCUGUGUGGGAUACUUGCUUCCUGCACUCGACUGGAGCCACAGCAUGCUCUCUGUUUACCUCGGAGGCCAGGACCAGUGCCUCUUCUUUCUCCUCAUCCUUAUCUUCAUUCCCAGCAUCCUCAUCACAAUGAAGUUUUCCGAAGAUCCCUCCAGCGCCAUCAGCGGCUCGCUUGGGGCUGCAUCUUUGCUGGAACCGGGACCCAGCGCAAUGGAAGCUGGCCAGUGCGGUGUGCCUCGCUCAUGCUGCUACCUGCUUAAGUGCAAGUUGAAGCUGCUAAAGUCUGGACCUCUGCUAUGCUUGCUGAGGACAUGCUGGUCUAUGACCCCUGCCAUUUAUAGGAGCUACUGCCAUGUCCCAAGGGUGAUGUGGCAGCUAUGCGUGGCUCAGCUCUGCAGCUGGAUGGCUGUUAUGUCCUUCAUGCUCUUCUUCACAGUCUUUGUAGGCGAAGGCCUAUAUGGUGGAGUUCCUAGUGCGGUACCAGGAAGUGUGCCCAGACAACGAUAUGAUGAAGGUAUCCGUAUGGGAAGUCUGGGUUUGUUCCUGCAGUGUGCUACCUCAACCUUCUUCUCAAUGAUCAUGAGUCGUAUGGUUCGCCGUUUUGGGUCACGCUGGGUUUACCUGAGCAGCAUGGUGAGCUUUACCGUGUCUGCUUUGGUCAUCUGCCUGUCUAAAAGCGUGGUCCUCGUCACAACCAUGGCUGCCCUCACUGGCUAUGCGUACGCAGCGCUGCAGACAUUGCCCUACACACUCACAUGCCACUACCAUAAGGAGAAAAAGGUGUAUAUGCCAAAAAGGAAAACCAAAAACCCUCGCAAAAAAGGUUUUACAGCUAAUAGAGACUAUUUGAGUCCAGCGGAAGAGGAGAGCGUACUAAAUAACACGGCUGGCCCCUCCUUUGGAAACGCCUUCCUCAGCCAGGACAUUUACUACUCUGCUCCUCUCAACCCAAACGGCUCAGCUCACAGCUCCACCGGGUCCGACCCGGAGGAGCUGGAGUCGGGAUAUGAAGACCGCGGCGUGGGCUUGGACUUUGCCAUUUUAGACAGCACCUUCCUUCUCUCUCAGGUUAUUCCCACCCUCCUCAUGGGUACCAUUGUUCAAUUUGCACAGUCAGUCACCACCUACAUUGCCUGCUCUGUAAUCUUAGGCAUUGUCGCCAUCUGUUUGGCCAAUCAUAUUGUCUUUGACCAAAAGGACCUCAAAGGCUGUGACUUCGAUGGAAAACCUCUGAGAAAGAUUGUGGAGUAAUGCAUUUUUUUCCCCCUUUUUUCCAAUCAAUGCACUAUUGUGUAGUAUCCCAGGAGGCCUUGCUCUAUGUUUGUGGAUUUGCGCCUUCAUAAAAGUGUGCUGGUAUGAGUAAAAAGAGUGAAUAUGUCAUCAGGGAUUUGCCGCUAGCUUAAAUAGCCACAACGUUUGACAAAUUGAAGUUGUAUAUUAUACCACCAAAUGUAUAUUUUAUUCAGUUUUUGGAUACAUACAGGGUAUGAAAAUAACAGUCUAUCUGGUACAAUAACACAGGGUGACGCCAAGUGUGAAAAUGGUUGCCUUCUUUUUCUCUCACCAACCACACGCCAGGUGUUAAUUUCACAAAGCUAUGUGAUCAAGGGAAUUAUGAGAUCACUUGCGAAAAUCUCCUCAUUGGCCGUUGAUCAUUUUUGACUAAUCAAACUCUUCUCACUUUUAAACAUGAUGACUAUUUGGGAGAUUUAUAGAUCUAUUCUUGCUACAUAUAUAUUCUUGACAUUUCUGCUGUCUCGCCAUUGGAUAUGCUGUACUGUAUCUCUAUAUUGACCUUUGUAGCUCUGGAUGAGAGUCAACAUACAGUAACCUUUUCUCAGAAACUUGGUGCCAAGGAGGAACACUACGCUAACAAAUACAUUCACAUAUCCUGCACUGUCAUGUGCAUUUAAACAAGACAUCCUCCCAUAUAGUGUCAGUUUAAAUACUAGUCAAGAGUAUAGUAGAUAUAGAAGAUUAAAUCAUAUCCAUCAUCACUCGUGAUUCAAGUGGCAUUUUAUUAGAACUGUACUAUAAAUGCCCCUGAAAGUGCAAAAGCGCACUGUUUUAUCUCAGGUUAGCUCUUUGUCGUUGUGCCCUCUUCUGUUCAAUGUCACCGAUUAUUCCCUACUGCACCUUCAUGUUUCAACAUUAUUAUGCCCCAUGACAAUCAGCCUGGGCGUAUCAUAUGUAGUAGCGCUGUAAAUGAAAUUCACAUAUUUCUCCCAUUCCUAAAAGACCAUAUUUAUGAAGUGGAGUCAACCAUUUGGGUAUUGGAGUGGACGUUAGCACUGUGGAAGGCAUGUGUGGUUGUGUGUGCGUUGUCAUGCACAAUAGUCCAUUUGGUGUAAUCACCAGGCUGGGUUAACAUUGGCGCAAACUGGACCUGUGUAUGUUCCUCCUAAGCAGGUACUGGAGAUAGAUGUUUGAAAAUGUUUUUUUCAAACAUGAAUAGUUUUGUCCCCGAAUGAAAACAAAAUCUAUCUAGCAGUAGCACAAUGGUCAAAAAAAGUGCCUGUAUUUUUCUGCCUAUUGCAUUUAUGUAUUUAUUUAUAAUGCCUUUCUUGAAAGAUUAGGGCAAUUUCUGUGAAAAAUUAAAUUAUUUGUGCAGUAAUGUGGAAACCAUCCUAUGAGUCCUAACUUAUUUUAACAUGAAAACGUCACCCAUUUGAUGUUUUCUUUCACUCUUAUUUGCCAUUCUGUUAGAGCUCUACUAUUUUGUCAGCACUUAUUUUACUGCCACUAGAUGGCUCUUGUUUCAUUUUUGAAGCAAAUAUCUUUUUCCUAUUCUUAACUUUAAUGGCUUGGAGAUGUUCUCAGGCCUCUUAUUUCACCCAUCUGCCUUGUUGGAUUUUUAAAGCCAGUGAAAAGUGCCAAUGUCAGAUUCUAGAAAUGUGUUUUUGUAACCAUGUACCACAUGAUAAAACUGAUUGUUGUCAUUGAUGCAUGCAGCCAUGACAGAGUACUUUAUUUUGCAGCUGACAGAUUACUCUGUAAUACAUGUGUGAUCUCGCCAAACAGCUUUUUAUAAACAAUAAAACAUAACAUGGCUGA